CGCCUUUCUGACCCGGUUGGAUUAGAAAUUUUCGAUUGAAAAUUGCAUUGCUCAAAUUUUUUGUUUUCUGUACGUUACAAACCAACCGCCAUGGCCCAUUCUCAGGACACACGAUAUGUAGGCCAAUCAACGAGAAUGCGAGAUGAAGUCAGUACACCUACGCAUGGCUCGAGAACAAUGACUAUUGAUCCGACGUCAGCAACGGAGAGCGAAGGUCAACAAACCCCGUCCGACGAAGAAGUAGGCAUUUUACGAUUGACCGGCGACAUGUCAGCAAGACGACCCAGAGCUAUCCGUUGGGAUGAAGACGUAGUAGAUAACGAACAUAUGAACAAGAAGAAAUCAAAGAUUUGCUGCAUUUAUCAUAAACCUCAUGUUGUUGGAGAAUCGUCCGAUUCCGAAAGUAGCUCGGACAGCGAUAGCAGUAGCAGUAGUAGUGGCAACGAAAGCGACAACAAUACCGAUAAACAUAGCCAUCAACACAAGUGCGGCCAUCGUCAUGGUGCUCGGCAACGUCGUGCGCGUAAUAAGCGAAAUCCCAGAGAAGUGAGUCCCAACGCUUACGAAAUCCAGCCCGUCUACAAAACUCGACCGCAGCCUUCCAAUCAUGCGGACUAGACAAGACCCCAUUAAAUAAAACUGUACAUAUUGGUUGAUCGGGAAUAAAAUGAAGUAGAAAUCAGAAUUUACAAUGCGUAAUCUGAUC